AUGGAUAGAUCUACGCUGGACGGACCACAUGAAGAUAGUGUAAAUAAUUCUCCUUCGGAAAUGUUGUCAACGACUGGAAAUCUGGAAAGGGAGAAUUCUACUGAUCAUAAUUUUUCAAGUAAUGAAAAUAUAAGUCAAAAUGAUGAAGUGGAUAAAGUAAACACGGAUAAUGAUGCACGCAUCGAUAUGGAAACACUAAAUACAAAGGAAGAAAUUACGAGGGAUUCAAGUGACUCUGAAUCCGAUAACAACGAUGAGGAGACCUCUAGUAAAUGGACAGAAAAUUUGGUAGUUUCUAAUGAAGACGCAUCAACAAAUAUAAAUAAUGGAACUGCCGCUGGAUCUGCUGAGGAUGAAGAGUCCGCCUCUAUUGAAUCGGAUAAUAAUAUAGCGGAAACAGAUGUCAAUAAGCAGAUAGAUACUCAGGUAGAUACAGAAGUGGAUACAAUUAAGCAUAGUAAUAAUAAUGAUGAAUUACCUCAAUCUUUGUCCAAUGUAGAUGAAGACGGAAUAGAGAAAGAGGCCAGCAUUGAUUCAGUUGAAGAUUUAAAGAAAACUUUGGACUCUAGAAACUCGAUGGGGGAAAAUUCUGUGAAUAAAGAAUCUGAUCAAUCUGACAUCUCAGACAACUUAAAGGAAGAUGGUUUACUUCUGUAUAAAUCAAACAAAGAUUCGCCAGAGGAAAAUACAGUCCCUGAAAUAAAUGAUUCUACAAAUAAGCCGACCAAACGGAAACGAGAUGAGAUUUUAACGAACUACGAACCAAUUGAUCCUACUUCCUUCCAAACAGAAAAAAAUAAAAAGAGAAUAACAGGCAAAUUUAUUGAUAAAUUCUGGGAGCCAUUGGAUGCCCAGACCACUAGCUCUUUGGAGAAAAUAUUAAAUAUGUGUGUCAAUAGAACCAUCGAAAAGUAUAAGGGUGGCUCAAAAGUAUCCAAAAAGAUGAUAGAAGCACAACAUUUACUAUCGAAAAAUUGGCUUAAUGAGGCGAAUAGAAAAUCCUUUAGAUCGAGACUUAAUGUCACAAACGUACCGUUACCGACAACCAUGCAAAGUAGCUCUAAGUCGAUUGAUAACAGUCUUGAUAUUUUAAAUUAUGACCAAUUAACCAGACGUACGCAAUUUUUGGAAACAUAUCUACUGGCGGAGCUCAAGCAAUUAUCCGAUUUAGAGACGUACUAUUCUGAUUUAGAAAUGAUUUACAACCUGGACUUGAAUUAUUUAAAUGAAUUCAAGAAAACAACUGAAAUAAACAAAUCAAAAAUGAUUAAAGAGACGAUCACGAAACGAGAGAAAUUAAGUCUAGAUAAUAUAGAGCCUGAUAGCGAGAAUAUUAGGCUUGCUGAUUAUUCUGAGACAACCAAUUCCAAUUUCGAUCCUAAUUCUGAUAAUGAUACUCAAGAUGUACUACAGUUAAUCGACAAACAAUUACAAAGUCUAUCCUCAGACACCACCAAUCUUACGAAUCUUAAUGAAAAGUUGGAAACUUUAUAUAAUUUCCUUAAUAAAUGUUGA